AUGGCAAAUUAUUUCCAAGGAGUUGAACUUCAGAAAACGAAUGGAAGCAAGCAUAGCACUGAUGUCUUGAAAGACAAAAUUGUGGGAAUCUACUUCUCGGCUCAUUGGUGUCCACCAUGCCGUAUGUUCACUCCAAUCCUGAAGGACUUCUAUAAUGAACUCAAAGAUUCUGAAGAGUUUGAAGUUGUUUUCGUUUCUUUCGAUCGCUCCUCUCAGGAUUUGCAAAAUUAUCUUUCUGAGAGCCAUGGUGAUUGGUACCAUGUACCUUUCGGUAGCGAUAAGAUCAAGGAGCUCUCUCAAAAGUUUGAGGUGAGUGGAAUACCUGCCCUCGUCAUUGUGAAGCCUGACGGAACGAUCGUCACAAAGGAAGGAAGAGGAAGUGUACAAGGAAAAAACCCACAGAACGUCCUCAGACAAUGGAAGGCUUAA